AUGAACGCGGAGAGCCUAGCGUGGGCGGUGAAGAUGGGCGUUCUGGCUCUCCUCUUGGCCACGCCCACCCACGCCAACAACACGAACCUGUACUACGGGGUCGACGGUUGGCUUCCCGUUGGCGUGGUUCAGGAGGUCCAGGAUGGAGUGUCAGCCAUAAUGUGCGGAAUCCUGUGUACCUUUGCUGACUGUGUUGGCUUCACUCUCGAACCGUCAGCCGCUGGUCGCUACUGCGCCCUCUACACGAACGUCACUGACUUCGCAAGCAAUGACACUGACACUAAGAUGUACUUGCGGUACAAACACCUGUGCUUCUACAACGAGAGCAACUGCCAUGACAACGCCACGUGCCUCCAUUAUGACGGGGAGAACCACACCUGUACUUGUGUCCCUGGCUAUGUUGGGGACGGAUUUACCUGUGAGGGUGUAAACUGCACGUCCACCUUUAACGAGACCUGGUACAUCUGCGACAGGUGUCCACCGGGUUAUGGCGGGAAUGGGCAGACCUGUUUUGACCUGCAGUGUCCGCCGGGCUCCGCGGGCGACGGCGAGACCUGCGGACCCGACAACGACCAGGACGGCUUCCCCAACUCCGGGCUUCCCUGCGGCGUCCCCGGCUGCGUCCAGGACAACUGCCCGACGUGGCCCAACGCUGGCCAGGAGGACGCCGACGGGGACGGCCUCGGCGAUGCGUGCGACGACGACGCCGAUGACGACGGCUUGGCCAACGCUGCGGACAACUGCCCUGCCGUAAACCUGACCGCUGACAGCGACAGCGAUGGCGACGGCGUGGGUGAUGCCUGUGACAACUGCCCUGCCAACGUCAACUCGGACCAGAUGGAUACUGACGGUGACAACAUCGGCGACCCAUGUGAUCCUGACAGUGACAGUGACGGCGUUUCCGACGUCGCCGACAACUGCCCGAAAAUUGUCAACGCGGACCAGCUUGACACCGACGGCGACGGCCUGGGUGACGCGUGUGACAACUGUCCUUCGGCUGCCAACCCAGACCAGGCUGACGCGGACAAGGACCUCAUCGGUGACGCUUGCGAUGAUGACAUAGACACGGACAUGGACUCCAUCCAGGACAGCGUGGACAACUGCCCGAUCGACGCCAACAGCGACCAGGGCGACGUAAACGGGGACGGCGUGGGCGACGUGUGCGACUUGGACGCCGAUUCCGACGGCAUCCUCUCGGCGUUCGACAACUGCCCGCUCGUGCCCAACGCCGACCAGGACGACAUGGAGGGCGACGGCGUGGGCGAUGCAUGCGCACUCGACUUCGACGGCGACGGCCACCUCGACGCCAACGACAUCUGCCCCAAGAACAACGCCAUUUUCGAGCAGGAUUUGGGUGUCCUACAGGGGUUGGAGUACGACGAUCCCAGCUCCCCCGACCCCGCUAAGUGGAUCUCCUCGGCCAAGGGAAUCCAGAUUGAACAGACAGAGAGUUCUGAUCCAGCGACGGGACUAGGGAAUGUCAGGAUCAGCGGACUGGACCUCGAAGCAACUCUUGGCGCCAUGGAUGAUGGUGAUGACGACUUCAUGGGGCUUACAUUUAGUUUUCACAGUUACUUCGGGUUCUAUUUGGUGACGUGGAAGCAAGAGGGUGAAUCCUACAGUUCAGGCGGCUACGAUGCCUAUGGUGAAGCGGGAAUUCACCUGAAGUUGGUCACCUCUCCAGCCGGACCCAGCAAACGCCUCAAGACAGCUCUCUUUGACACGCCUUCAGUGGCUGGCCAUGCACCACCACUCACCCCGUGGAACUCUGUAGAGGCUACUUUGGAAUUCAUCGACAUUGAUGAAGGAUAG